AUGAAGACUUUUAUUGUGGCCGCUGCCCUCUUCGCAGGCUCCUCGCUGGCCUGGAUCCCCUCUUGUGCAUGGGAUGACUGCAUGUCAGGCGUCGACCUGGGCGACUGCAACGAAGACUCCGGCUGGUCCUGCCUAUGUGGCAACCAGGACCUCAUCUCUCAGCUCAACACCUGCGUGGCCACCUCAUGUACCAACGAGACGGACCAGGAAGCCAUCUACGGCGCCGUCGCCCAGCUCUGCGUCAACAAUGGUGUAACAAUCACCAACUCCGAGCAAGCUACCUUCUCCGCCACCUCCGGUGGUUCCCUCACACAGAUCACCGCCGCUCCCUCAGGGUUUGGCCCCGGUGGACGCUUCGGUGAUGACUGGGAGGAGUGGGUUUCAUCUUGCAGUGACGGACUUGGGGGCCCGCCCGGUGGUUGGAGGUCUGGUGAUGGCCCAUGGGGUAACCACGGCUGGGGUGGCCCCGGCGGCAGCCGUGGAGGUCCAGGUGGACCUGGUGGCUUCGGUCCUUGGGGCACCAAGGCCUCCGGCAUCAACUGCGAUCAGUGGACUACUUGGACUGCUGGGUGGGGUCCUUUCUCCUCCUGGACUGGUACCUGGUCUGGAUGCUCCAGCACCACCGAUGAGCCUGUUCCCGCAACUGUCACCACUACCGUGACUGGCACCAACGGUGAAACUCAAGUUCUGACUGGCACUACCUUCGGUAUCCAGGCUGUCGAAUCUGACUCUGGAGCUGGGCCCAUCGCGGUCCAAAUUUCCACUGCUCGGGGCAUCGGUCUAUUUGCCGCUGUCGCCGCUGGUAUCUUUGGCGCCAUGAUUGCUCUGUAA